AUGGUCUCUGCCGCUCACAUUGCCGCCCUCCUAGCGGUGGCUUCGGGCGUUGCUGCUCAGGGAGGAUUGGAACAAUGCGCAAGCUUGACCACUCUCUUCCCGGCUUGCGCUACGGGCUGUAUCCUGUCCGCAGCUUCCGCUGUCGGCUGCACCAAUGGCCUUGACCUCCGCUGCCGCUGCGACCCCACAAGCUCUGCUCAGAUUCAAGCAUCGGCCUUCAACUGUGUCAUUGGCAACUGCAACGCGGAUCCCACGCAGAUCGAGUCAGCCAUCAACGCCGGCGCUUCCGUCUGCGGCUGCGUCAAUGCCGCCCCUACUGCUGUCCCUUCGGAGCCGCCCAUCACCAGCGCCCCGGCUCCCAGCAGCCCUCCCGUCCCCAGUGAGCCCGAGCCAAGCGAGCCCCCGUCGAGUGGCCCACCGCCAAGCGCCCCUUCGAGCGAGGUCGUGUCCGAAGAACCCUCUGUGCCCCCCGUCAUCCCCAGCUCCACAGAGCCUGCAUCUUCGGGCCCCAUCACCCCUGCCCCUAGCUCACCCGGCGGCGGCGACUGCGAUGCCACCUCUCCCUGUGAGGAUGUCGCCCAGGCCGUUCCCAACUGUGGUCGCUCCUGCAUCAUCUCCGCGGCCUCUGCCUCACUCGGCUGCGCCGCCGAGGACUACGAGUGCCAGUGUGCCGGCUUCCAGACCAUUCAAGCCGGCGCCGCGCCUUGCGUCAUCAGCGCAUGCGGCAUUGCUGGCGCCGUGCCCCUCCUCGGCUCCGUCUCCGCCCUCUGCGGCUGCGUCACCGCCAACCCAAGCACCCCUUGCACUGCCUCGUCCGAACCCAGCAUUACCGUUGAGCCGUCGGCUCCCGCGUCAUCUGGCGGCGGCGGCGAGCCUCCCGUUGAGCCGUCGUCCGAGGCUCCCGGCCCUGGCGAGAGCAGUGAGGUGCCUGGCCCCAGUGUCAUUCCGCCGCCCACAAGCUGUGCGCCCGCCGACGGCCCCCGACUGCGGUCCUGUUGCCACGUCGGCCGUCCCAGCCUGUGCCCAGCCUUGCUUCCUCAAUGCCGCUCCCAAUGUCGGCUGCGAUGCGACCGAUUACGCUUGCCAGUGUGA